AUGAGAGUGGGUAGGAAAUAUUGGUUGCUGAAGCUCGAUGAUGCUCUGUGGGCAUACAGAAUAGCCUACAAAACUCCGAUUGGCACAUCUUCCUACAAACUCGUCUUUGGUAAGGCAUGUCAUCUACUGGUUAAGUUCGAGCAUACAGCAUAUGGGGCGAUAAAGAAGCUGAAUUUAGACAUGGUUCAAACUAGAGAAAAGAGACUAUUGCAGCUGCACGAGUUGAAGGAAUUUCGCUAUCAUGUCUAUGAGAACGCGAAAAUGUACAAGGAGCGAACUAAGAGAAUUCACGACAAGUGCAUCCAACCUCGUGACUUUAAGCCUAGGCAGUUAGUAUUGUUGUAUAACGCUAGGCUGAAGAUUUUAGGAGGGAAGUUAAAAAGCAAAAUGGCUAACACCAAGGGUAAAGGAAAGUCGGCUGCGACCUCCACCUCUCAGGGCACGAAGAGGGCUAGAGCUAAACCCUCAACAACAAAGAAAUUCAUGAAAUCCACUUCGGGGGGCAAGCAACCCAGUGCACCUAUUCCUCGUCCUCCACCUGGGAGACCUCAGCCGGAUCUACUUGGGCAUGCUGAGGAUUGGUAUUCUUAA